AUGUCGAACAACGUGCUGAACCAGGAUUUUGGUUCUGAGGAGGAAGACGACGACUUCAACCCAGCCCCUGCUGUUGACUCGGACGAGGAAAACGACAGACCGAGUACUAGGCGGGAUAGGGUAAACGAGGACGCCGAAGAUGAUAACGAAGAUGAGAGGAAAGCCGUUGACGAAGUAGGUGAGGACGACGAGGGGAACGAAGACGAAGAAGUCGACGAGGAAGAGGAAGAGGAAGAAGAUGAGGAUGAGGAUGAUGAAGACGCCGUCUCGGGCCGGCCCAAGAAGCGCAGGAGGCGAGGCGGGGUUAAUGCUUUCUUCGAAGAAGAAGCUGGUGUCGAUGAUGACGACGAAGAAGCAGAGGACGAAGAGGAUGACAUGGGCGAUGGAUUCGGUGCUGAGGCUCAUCCGGACGACUUGGAUGCUCUGCCUGUGGGCGCUGAGCUGGACGAUCGCAGACACCGACAGCUUGAUCGUCAACGAGAGCUUGAAGCUCAUAUGGACGCUGAAAAACAGGCUGCCGCUCUUAAGGAACGAUAUGGACGCAACCGCAUGGCCGCAACGGAUUCGGUGGUUGUUCCCAAGAGACUCCUUUUACCAAGUGUCGACGAUCCUAGUAUCUGGGGUGUCCGAUGUAAACCCGGAAAGGAAAGAGAUGUCGUGCUUAACAUUCAAAAACGCGUCGAACAGCGACCACCCGGCACCCGCCAUGGAUUGAAAAUUAUAUCCGCUUUUGAGCGUGGGAAGACUAUGACCGGCUACGUCUAUGUGGAAGCGAGGAGACAAGCAGAGGUUAUGGAGGCACUAGAUGGCCUUCUUGACGUCUAUCCUAAAACAAAGAUGAUUUUGGUUCCCGUGAAAGAAAUGCCUGAUCUUCUACGAGUUAAAAAGUCCGAGGAGCUGAAUCCAGGUGACUGGGUGCGAAUUAAGCGUGGCAAAUAUCAGGGCGAUCUUGCCCAGAUUGAAGAAGUUGAGACCAAUGGUCUUGAAGUCACUGUUCGACUUGUUCCUCGUUUGGAUUACGGACUGAAUGAAGACCACCAGGCACCCGCAGAGGCUAAAAGGAAGAGGUUCGGGGCUGCGAAUAAUACGGCUCCUCGACCACCUCAGCGUCUCUUCAGUGAGGCCGAGGCUAGCAAGAAGCACGGCAGGCAUCUGGUGGGAACAUCUAAUUUGAGUGGGAAGUCCUGGAAUUAUAUGGGCGACACUUACGUCGACGGCUUCCUCAUAAAGGAGAUGAAGAUUCAGCAUCUAAUCACCACAGGCGUAAACCCUCGCCUAGAGGAAGUGACUAUGUUCGCCCGAGGAUCUGAGGAUGGCGCUGCAAACCUUGAUCUGGCAUCCCUAGCGAACACGCUAAAGAAUGCAGUUGCAGAGGAUGCUUACCGACCUGGAGAUCAAGUCGAAGUGUACAAGGGUGAACAACAGGGUAUAAUUGGCAAGACAAUCUCGACCCGCGGUGAUAUCAUUACGCUGGAGGUUACAGAGGGCGAUAUGAAAGGCCAAACAAUAGAUGCGCCAAUCAAAACAUUGCGAAAGCGAUUCCGCGAAGGUGACCACGUCAAAGUCAUCGGCGGCAGCCGUUAUCAGGACGAGUUGGGCAUGGUGGUUCAGGUCAAGGGCGAUAGUGUUACUAUACUCAGCGAUAUGAGCAUGGAGGAAAUCACAGUGUUCAGCAAGGAUCUUCGACUUUCGACGGAGUCUGGGGUGGACGGUAAACUUGGGACGUUUGAUGUGCACGACCUUGUUCAGCUCGACGCCGUCACUGUUGCCUGUAUCAUUCAAGUCGAUCGCGAGUCGCUGCGUGUCAUUGACCAAAAUGGCUCAGUACGCAAUGUUCUGCCGUCACGAAUAGCGUCUAAAAUUGCCAAACGCAAAGACGCGGUAGCUACAGAUCGCAAUGGCGCAGAGAUCCGUCACGGCGACACAGUGCGAGAAAUGUACGGAGAACAGCGCAGCGGAGUCAUUAUGCACAUUCACCGGUCUUUCCUCUUCCUGCACAAUAAGGCCCAGGCGGAAAACACCGGUGUCAUCGUUGUCCGCACAACGAAUGUUGUCACUGUCUCGGCCAAGGGAGGCCGUGCUACAGGCCCCGAUUUAUCACGCAUGAACCCUGCCAUGAUGCAACGUCCGCCCCAGGGCUCUGCCAUGCCACCUCCACGGGUAGGACGAGACCGGCUCAUCGGAAAGACGGUUGGUAUCACGAAAGGGAGUUACAAAGGUCUGAUUGGCAUUGCCAGAGAGACGACGGAGGAUCUUGUGCGUGUUGAAUUACACACCAAAGGAACGAAGGUCAUGGUUCCACGUAGCGGAGUUGUUGUGAAGGACCCAGUCACUGGUCAAACAAUCGAUAUGGCUCGUGGCGGCAGGCCUCGUGUGCCCGGUGGACCUGGAGGACCGCCACGAGAACAAGGCUGGUCUGGAUCUCGCACGCCAAUGGCUGCUAUGGAUUCGAGGACACCAGCAUGGGGUGGAUCCCUGUCGUCAAGAACUCCUGCCUGGGGUGGCUCAGCAGCCAGCGGAUCACGUACACCAGCCUGGAAAGCCGACGGCUCUCGCACCGCCUAUGGCGGUGGAGGCAUGGGCGGAGGACGCACACCAGCAUGGAACACCGGUGCUCGCACCCCCUACGACUCCAGUUCAGGCGGUGGCAGCAGCGGCUUUGAUGCAUUUGCAGCCGGUUCCCGUACUCCAGCAUGGGGCGCACCAGCAAUGUCCGGCAGUCGCACACCAGCUUGGAACGCCAACAGCUCCACCAACAAUAGUAGCAGUCGAUACGACGCACCCACGCCUGGAGGCGACUAUUCAGCCCCAACCCCCGGCGCAUACCCCACAGCUCCUACUCCCGGCGCCUCAGGGUCUGCUGCUACGCCACGCUGGGCGGAGAGCGCGCCAACUCCCGGCACUUUCAAUGCGCCUACACCUGGUGCCGGAGGAGGAGGAAGCGGCGGUGGACGACAUCAACCACAGCCCUAUGAUGCACCAACGCCCGCCGUUGCUGCGACCCCUGGUGCUACCGGUGACGAUAAUCCGACUUAUUUCGAUGAUUCGGAGUAG